AUGAGAAGUCUUAAGAUUUUUAAGCGAUCUAAUAUAGUUUGUUUUGCCUUUUUAUAUAUUUUAUUACAAAAUCAGCAGUUGUAUGAUGAAAGGGAUAGGCAUAUGAGAAUUCUGUCGGAGCAUGUAUCCGAAAAUGUUCCAUCAACAAAUGAGGAUACGUGUACUGGUGAUAAGAACUUAAUCAGUGGUGAGAAUUGUGCUGAAGGUAGUAAUACUGUACUCGAGACUGUGGGUAGUAUAGAUGCUACAGCUGAUUCUAGUGUAGAUUCCACAGUUGAUUCUGUUGUUGAACCUACGAAUGACUCCACGAUUGGUAAUAAUAUCGAUGGAAGUUCUGAUGAAAUUCUUUAUGUAAAUCUAAAUGAAAAGAUUUUUGAAGGAAUAAUGCGCCCGGCAAAUGUCACAUCCAGGGAGCACAUAAGAAACAUUAUUGGACAGGUCAAUAAGGAUUUAGUGCAUAGUGUAGAUGAUGUAGAUGAAAGUACAGAUGCUGAUGAUGAAGGUAGUAGUGAUGAUGGAAAUGAAGAAGCUGAUGAGGAGGAGGAAGAAGAGGAAGAGGAAGAGGAGGAUGAAGAAGAAAUAGAAGAAGAAGGAGAAGAAAUAGAAGAGAAAGAAGAAGAAAUAGAAGAGAAAGAAGAAGAAGUAGAAGAGAAAGAAGUAGAAGAGAAAGAAGAAGAAGAAGAAGUAGAAGAUAAAGAAGACAAUGAUAGAGCUGAAGGUGUAGUUGAAGAAUUGGUUGAAGAUGUGCAGGAAGAUAUGUUGGAAGAUGAGGCUGCAUGUAUGGUGAAACCUGUGGUUGAAGAGGAAUUGGAAGAUGCUAUUGAAGAAAUGGACCAAAAAGAUGUUUUGGAUGUGGCCUUGAUUGAUGCUGAGGGUGGUUAUUUGGAUGAAGAUUUAGAUGCUGAGGAUGACGAUUUGGAUGCGAGUUUAGAUGCUGAGACUGUCGAUUUGGAAGAGGGUUUAGAUGUUGAUGAUUUGGAUGAAGGUUUAGAUGUUGAGGUUGACGAUUUGGAUGAAUCUUUGGAUGCUGAGACUGAAGAUUUGGAUGAAGUUUUAGACGCUGAGGCUGAAGAUUUGGAUGAAGUAAUUGAGGAGGAGAGUAUGGUAAAUUCUGGAAAUGAUGAUGUGGUAUGUUCUAGAGAUAAUGCUAUAAAUGAUUCUGUAAUUGAUUCUGUAGAUGAUGUAGAGGAAAAUUUAUUGCAAGAUAAUUUGGAUGAAGAUGUAAAAAUUGAUUUGGAAGAUGAUUUGAUUUAUUCUGAAACGGAAAGCUUGAGUGAAAUUCCGAUUGGCGAUAUUGUGGCUAGCAGUUUGGGUGACAUUACAUCUGAUAGUUUGGAUGACCUAGCAAUUGACAGUUUGGAUGACCUAACAAUUGACAGUUUGGAUGAUAUAGCAGUUGACAAUUUUGAUGGCAUUACACUGGACAGUUUUGAUGGCAUUUCACUGGACAAUUUUGAUGGCAUUCCACUGGACAAUUUUGGUGAUAUUACACUGGACAAUUUUGGUGAUGUUGCAUCUGAUAGUCUGAGCGAAAUUACAUCUGAAGGUCUGGGUGAUAUUACAUCUGAUAGACUUGGGGACAUUACAUCUGAUAGACUUGGGGACAUUACAUCUGAUAGACGAGGUGACAUUGCAACUAAUAACUUUGAUGACAUUGCUAAAGGCACCUUGGAUGACAUUAUGAAAGGAAAUUUGGAUUAUACUUUGGGUGAUACGUUUGAUAUAGAUGUGGAUGAUUCCAUGUAUGAUGAAAUGGAAGAUUCUUUUUAUGAUGAAAUGGAAGAUUCUUUGUAUGAUAGUAUGGAAAAUUCGUUAUAUGAUAGUGUAGAAGAUGCUGUGGAAGAUGCUUUGAAUGAUGUUGAACAAGAAGAAGAUGGUUUAGAAAAACCUGUGGAAAAUGCCAUGAGUUAUAGUGUGAAGAAUAAUUCUGAUGAACAUUUAGGGGAAUUAUUAUUUGAUUUACAAUUUAGUAAACCCAAUAAUUUAGAUGGGAGAAUGUUUCAAGGAAUAGAUCAUGAUGUGAAUGUAAAUGUUACGCGAGGAUUAGGGAAAUGGAAUGGAUGUAAGGUAGGUUGCUGUCCUAUGAAGGAAAAUUCAUAUGGUUGUAAAGAUAAUGAUUUUUCUGAACCUUUCUCUGAAGAAUUGUUAGAUGAAAAAAUUUACAACUUAGGACCUGUUGUAGAUGUUAAGGAUAUGUAUAUAAUAUGGAACUACACAAAUGAACAUGAGAGGAGAAAAUUUUAUAGUAUGAGAAAAAUGCUAUUAACAUAUUGCGAUUGUUUAUCUGAUGCUUUUGAAAUUCCAAGUGAAGUAAAAAAACAGGAGUGGUUAAAAGCUCACCGAUUUAUGAAUCGAAUAUUUUUACAUUAUGAAAAAAUGUUUGCUGAACAUAUACAUAAAUUUUUAAAACAUGGAAAAACAGACCGUUGGAAGUUUAUUGAUUUUUUAAAUAGUUACAAGGCUAAAUGCAGCAAGUUUAGAAUAGUGAUGUAUAGCUACUGGAAGGAAAAUAUAUUUACCAGGUUGGACACCUAUCAAAGAUUUCUGGUUCAUGCCAACUGA